AUGGUGGCUGCCACCUUGACGGCAUGCCUGACCAAACUGAAUUCGACUCUUUCAGGGAAGAGGUAUAAGCCCAUUAAGCACCUGACCGGUGAACGACUAUCCGCCUUGGCGAACAUCAAGGCCAACUUGCGGCAGCACACCAACGACGACGAUGACUCGCGGUUGCACUCCGCUCUGCACAACCAGCUUCAGGUGCUCGGUCCAUCCAUGCUGGAACCGUUCAAGCAGUCGCUCAUUCCCGACCAGAGCAAGUUGUGCGUUGCCGUACUCGACCUACUCGGUAGACUCGCGCACACUCCGUUCUUUUACUGGAAGGCUUCCGACGGUCAGGAUAACCUCUGUGACCUCAUCGUCAAUCACAUCGCCAACGGUGUGGCUGAAACAGAAGACACAAACGUCCUUCUAGCCGUAAGUCCGAACCCUUGGCGCUGA